AUGUCAUUCAAAUGCAAGGCUUUUAAUUACGCACAGAAGCUGUUUGGUGAAAUGCCUGCGAGAAAUGUGGUGGCUUGGAAUGCGUUAAUUACUGGGUUUGUUGACUGUAGCAGUAAUUAUGAGUCGAAUUUGUUUCUGGGUUUUUCUUAUUUUAGGAGAAUGUUGUUGGAAAGAGCUGGUCCGGAUGAUAUAACAGUUAAUGGUUUGUUGCGUGGUUGUAUAGAGUUGAAGGAUGUAGAGAUUGGUAGACAAUUGCAUUGUUUUGCGGUGAAGUUAGGAUUUGAUUUGAGUUGCUUUGUGGGUACUCUUGUUGGUUUGUAUGCAAAGUUUGGUUUAGUUGAAGAUGCAAGGUGUGCUUUUGAUUCUGUAUUAUAGAAAGAUCAGGUUUUGUGGAAUUACGUGAUGGUGAACUGCUAUGCUUCAAAUUCUUUGGCAGAAGGGGCCUUUGGGGUCUUCAAUGUGAUGAGGUUGGAAGGUGUUAAGGGGGAUGAGUUAACAUAUUUUAGCAGCCUGCUCGGUGCAAGUAGUACUUGGGGAUCUUGUGAACCCGGAAAGCAUCAUCAUGGCACUGUUACUAGACAGUCGUUUAAUAACAUAGGCAAUGCUCGCAAGGCUUUUGUUGCAAUGUCCAUCAAGAAUGUUGUUUCUUGGAACACUAUAAUUGUGGGAUAUGGACAGCAUGGAAAAGGGAUUCAAGCGAUAAAACUUCUGCGGGAAAUGUUUCGAGAACAUUUUUAUCCUGAUGAGUUUAUUCUGGCAAGCAUUGUUAGCUCAUGUGGCAAUGUACCAUCUGCUAAUGAACUUAUGGAAGUUCAUGCUUACAUUGUUAAAUUGGGGUUUCAUCCGUUUUCGUCAAUUGCUAAUGCUCUAAUAAAUGCGUACUCCAAAUGUGGUAGUAUUGCUUCUGCAUUUAAAUGGUUCAACUUGAUUAUUGAGCCUGAUCUAGUUACAUGGACUUCAGUUAUAUGUGCCUAUGCAUUCCAUGGUCUUGCCAAAGCAGCUACUCAUAUUUUUGACAAAAUGUUAUCUUAUGGCAUAAGACCCGAUGGAAUUGCCUUUCUUGGGGUUCUUUCUGCAUGUAGUCACAUGAGGCUAGGGUUAGUAAAGAAAGGGCUUCAUUACUUUAAAUCAAUGACUAAUGACUAUCAAGUUUUUCCAGAUUCCGAGCAUUAUACCUGUCUCAUUGACCUUCUUGGGCGAGCUGGUCUUUUGGAUGAGGCUUUCAUUGUUUUGACCUCGAUGUCAAUCAAACCUGAUCCAAGUACAUUUGGAGCAUUCAUAGGGGCUUGUAAAGUCAAUGGAAAUGUAGGAUUAGCAAAAUGGGCUGCAGAAAAGCUUUUUACAUUAGAACCAAACAAACCUGUGAAUUGUACUCUCAUGUCUAACAUCUAUUCUACUGAAGGUCAUUGGGCUGAUGUUGCAAGGGUACGCCAAAUGAUGAGGUACAGUUGUGAUCAGAAAGCUCCAGGUUGUAGCUGGCUGGAGGUAGGCGGCGACAUUCAUACGUUUGUAUCAGGUGAUGAGUCCCACCCACAAGCAUCACAGGUGUAUGUUAUGCUAGGGAUGUUGCUCAGGGUGAUGAAGGAGAACUGGAGAAGAAUUAUAUGUAGGAUCAGUGAUCAAGUUAGAUACAGUUCUGGAUGAAUCUGCUUGAAGUUUGCCUGACUGAUCUGGAGCUCUGCUUUGAAAAUGAGCACUCUAAUUAAUCAGUGUGACUCCCUUGUGAUGUAAUGAUCUGUUCUCAUAUCUUCGUGAGAUGUAAGAUCUUCAUGUCUCAUAUCUUCGUGAUCUGUUCUGCAGCCUUUUCCAUUUACUUAAAGUCUUCAUGUCUCAUUAGAAUUUUACAGGCUUACUUUGUAGAAUAUAUAUCAUUAAUAUGCAAUU